AUGAAGACAGGAUACCUGUCUGGUCUUCUGGCUCCAGCCAAGGGCCUGACCAGUGCUUCCGAACUUCUGAGGAAGGGGCCAUUCUUGAUGAAGGAUAAGAACCCUUUCCUAGCUCAGGCCGGGGCUGAGGUGGGUGAGGAAUGUUCCCUGACUGUCUCUUCAUUUUCCUUGCAGCCCCCACCACCAGUGAAAAAGCCACCCCCUGACAAAGAGCUGCAAGCAAUAAAGAUCCAGGCCUGGUGGCGGGGCGUCCUGGUGCGCAGGACGCUGCUGCACGCUGCGCUCAGAGCGUGUAUCAUUCAGUGGUGGUGGAAGCAGAAGCUGGCAGAGCUGCUGGAGAAGAGGCGGCGGGCUGCGCUGGAGCAGUAUGCGCAGCAAAUAUGGGCAGUGGUCAAACUACAGUCCUUGGUCCGCAUGUGGCGCAUCCGCCUCCGUUACUGCCGUUUGCUCAAUGCUGUUCGCAUCAUCCAGGUCUACUGGCGCUGGCAUAAUUGCCAUACCCGUGGCUUUUUCCAGGGCAGCUACGAACUCACAGCGAGCCAGCUGGAACUUGAGCUUGAGAUCUUUCUGGGUUCACAGAUCUGUCGAAUUACAGACUGCAUCCCCUUCCCAAUAAAGAACUGA